CAGACUACAGCUACCAAAUCAUAAGAGGAGUGCUAGUGAUGGGCUAAGGCAUGGGACGGAUAAUGUGACGUCAGGCCCGGGCCACACGAUCGGACGCGUCGAAAAAGGUCGAAAAGGGUUGUGAUUUGUGAAGCGAAGGUUGUACAUAAUCAUUCGAGCCCGCUCCACUAUCUGUUAGUCUGAGAAGAAGUCUGGUCCAAGUGUUGCUUGCUUUGCGCGUUCCCCCAGUAUCUCUUUCUCCUUCCCGCCACCAUGUCGCAGACAAAGAAAAUCCAAGGCAAGAUCUUUAGAGGCGAGAAUACCUCAGGCGACGGCGCGGGUCCAUCGCGCUCAUCGUCCGAGCCCGUAUUGACCAUUGAAAUUCCUAAACCAACACUCGCACAACCCUCACCCGCCCCGCCCAAGGUGGCAAAGACUGAACCGGAACCACGACAGGCCAAUGCAGAAAGACCUUCGGAACCCUUCAGACACCGAUUGCUCAAGCAACUCGGUGUUGACUAUCAUGGCGUUGAACGUCACCGUCUGGUGCAGGAUGAAAGGAAAGAACUUCAUUGGAAACGAUGGGGUCCAUACCUGAGCGAUCGACAAUGGGCAACCGUCCGAGAGGAUUAUUCCGCCAACGGUGACGCUUGGAGCCAUUUCCCUCAUGAGCAUGCUCGUUCUCGGGCAUACAGAUGGGGUGAAGACGGUAUUGCGGGCAUUUCAGACAACCACCAGCGUCUCUGCCUGUCACUCUCCCUUUGGAAUGGCCAGGACCAUAUACUCAAGGAACGUCUUUUCGGCGUCACAGGUCACCAGGGAAAUCAUGGCGAAGACGUCAAAGAAUUAUAUUACUAUCUGGAUUCUACUCCCACCCAUUCAUAUAUGAAGUUCCUUUACAAGUAUCCACAAAAGGCUUACCCUUACGAGGAAUUAGUCAGGGAGAAUGUGCAUCGAGGGCGGGAUGUGACCGAGUUUGAGAUACUCGAUACUGAUGCUUUCGAAGAUAAUCGUUAUUGGGAUGUCUUCCUAGAGUACGCCAAAGACGAACAAGAUCCCGACGCUGUCUACGUCCGUAUCACUGCUUAUAAUCGUGGACCCGAUCCUGCUACGCUGCAUAUUAUCCCUCAACUCUGGUUUCCGAACUCAUGGUCUUGGCCCGCCCAAAAGCCAACUAUGCCUUCAAUGUAUGCUGCAGAUGGCAACGUCAUUGUAGCGAAGCAUCCCACCUUGGGUAGAUACCAUCUUUAUUGCACGCCCUCUCCCCUUCCUGUCGGUGCUGACGGCGAGCCCGUCACGCCUGAUGAGGCCGAAGAAAGCGACGUCGUCGAGCCAGAACUUCUUUUCACCGAGAACAACACUAACUUCACCCGACUUUAUGGAGGACAGAAUGAGAUGCCAUAUGUCAAGGACGCUUUCCACGAUCAUAUCAUCCCUUCUCACCGCCCUCCGGUUGCCGAUGCCGAGCAUCCCGGAUUCUUUUUCACCAAGAUUCAUAGUAGUACUUCUCCACAUGCCAAUGGUGCCGAGAGCACACCUCCCUCGGAGCAAGAACAAGGUCCUCGCACCCCGUUCCCUCAGGCUCCUACCUUUGUCAAUCCCGAGCGUAAGGGUACGAAGUCUGCCGCUCACUAUGUCUUCAAAGACGUCCCUCCUCGCGGAGGUUGCGCUGUGGUCCGUCUCAAGCUCACGCCAAAGAGGCCUGAAGAGGACCCCAGUUUGGAGGACGAGGGUAUCUUUGACGACACCAUCGAGGAGAGACGGGAGGAGGCCAAUGAAUUUUACAACGCCCUCGUCGUCGGGCCAAUAAGUGAUGACUUGAAGCAGAUUAUGAGGCAGGCGCUGGGCGGUAUGCUUUGGACGAAGCAGUACUAUCAAUUCAUCCAGAGGGAUUGGCUUGUUGGAGACCCAGCUCAACCGCCCCCUCCCCCCGAAAGGAAGCAUAUAAGGAAUCGCGAAUGGAAACACCUCUACAUUGCAGAUAUCCUGUCGAUGCCAGACAAGUGGGAAUAUCCUUUCUUUGCUGCAUGGGACACGGCGUUCCACUGUAUUCCUUUAGCUAUUGUCGAUCCCACAUUCGCAAAGAAGCAACUAGACUUGUUGACACGUGAAUGGUAUAUGAAGCCCGAUGGCCAAAUUCCCGCCUAUGAAUGGAACUUUAGUGACGUGAACCCCCCUGUACACGCUUGGGCUACAUUCCGUGUUUUUAAGCUUGAGCGAAAACUGUACGGAACCGAGGACGUUCAGUUCUUGGAACGUGUAUUCCAGAAGUUGCUCCUGAAUUUUACCUGGUGGGUCAACCGGAAGGAUCAAGGUGGCAACAACGUCUUCGAGGGCGGUUUUCUAGGACUGGACAAUAUUGGAGUAUUCAAUCGCUCAGAGCCUCUUCCCACGGGUGGUGUCCUCCGUCAGGCAGAUGGCACUGCGUGGAUGGCGUUCUAUUGCCUAAACAUGUUGAACAUUGCACUAGAGCUUGCCAAGCAUAACUCCGUGUACGAAGACAUCGCCUCCAAGUUCUUCGAGCACUUUAUCUUCAUCGCCGAUGCCAUGACAUUCAAAGCAGGGGACAGCGAGCUCAGUCUCUGGAAUGAGCAGGAUGGAAUGUAUUACGAUGCCAUUCAAUUCGGACCGGGUAGCUCAAUGCAGCUUCCCGUUCGUUCUUUGGUCGGCCUCAUCCCUCUUUACGCCACAUUAGUAUUAGAGCCCGCUGUCCUCAAUCGAUUGCCUGGGUUUAAGAAGCGCGUGGAGUGGUUCAUUGAUAAUCGCCCCGAGAUUUCUGAGCGCACUAUGGCCAAUAUAAAGGUCAAGGGCAAGGGUGAACGUCGACUGCUUGCACUGGCCAGCAAAGAGCGACUCGUACGGAUCCUGGAAAAGAUGCUCAAUGAGGACGAGUUCCUGAGCGAACACGGCAUACGAUCCCUAUCCAAGGUGCAUAAGGAACAGCCUUGGGGGAUGGACGUCCACGGACAGCGGUAUGAGGUGAACUACUGGCCUGGCGAUUCCAAGUCUGGCAUGUUUGGUGGCAACUCCAACUGGAGAGGACCUAUUUGGCUGGCUGUCAACUUCCUCUUGAUCGAGAGUUUGCAACGAUUCUACCAAUACUACGGAGAUGAUCUUCAGGUUGAAUGCCCCACAGGCAGCGGCGAUUAUAUGAACCUCGCCAAUGUUGCCGAAGAAAUCCAGCACAGAAUCAUUCACAUCUUUGGGCGUGACACGGAGGGGAAGCGUGCCACUAACGGUGGAAACCCGAAGCUGGACACUGAUCCUCACUUCCGUGACUACGUAUGGUUCUACGAGUACUUCCAUGCUGACACUGGCAGUGGUCUCGGAGCGUCUCACCAGACUGGAUGGUCCGGUUUGGUUGCGUAUCACAUCUUGCAAAGUGGCGCCAGCUGCCGUCUGCCAAGAACACCGAAGACUCCCCGUAGCGUUGCGAAACAUUAUUUCGACGAAAACCUCGAUUCUCGAUCCGAGUAUGGUGGCGAUUCACUCUACAGUGCAUACAGCGCUGCAGAUAUGAAUACACUUGGAGAUAUCUCGCCUGAUGCCUUAUAGUUUCCGUUACUACCAGUUUUCGUCAUUGUGAUUCAUUCAUGGACCUGUCGGAGUUUUAGCUUAGAGGAACCUGACUUGUAGCAGUACCGCCUGUAACUAGAUACAUAGAACUGUAGCAUUCUGCAUUGGUCGCAAACCCUCAAAUAUUCAUGCCGUGCGUAUAUACGUUUCUAAUAUAGUCACGUAGUCAGCCACU